UUAUGCUUUUGACUUUACUGAUAAGUGAUAAGGAUUUAAUAACGCCGUAAAAAAAAAAAGCUUUUAACUUUAUUAGCAAUUAGUUUAGGUUAAUCAGUUUGAAAAAUUUUAUCCAAAAGAACAAUAUAGGUGAGGUAAAUUAUGUCUAAUGAUAAAACUGAAGAAGUAGACGUUAUGCAGGGCCUAAAAACAGUUUUGGCUCAAAUAGAAGUUGCAGUUGCUAGAAGAAAUAAAGAUCUUCCUCAAGUCUCUCCAAGACUAGUAGCGGUAUCAAAAAUCAAACCAGUGUCACUAAUCAUUCAAACAUAUGAGGCUGGCCAACGUCACUUUGGUGAAAACUAUGUGAAUGAACUUGCAGAUAAAGCAAGUGAUCCGGAAAUACUUGAAAAAUGUAAAGACAUACAUUGGCAUUUCAUAGGUCAUUUGCAAACAAACAAAAUCAACAGAUUACUUGGUUCUCCAGGACUUUAUAUGGUGGAAACUGUCCAUUCACAAAAGUUGGCUGACAAUUUAAACAAGCAAUGGCCAAAAUAUAUGAAAGCUGAUGAAAAAUUAAAAGUUAUGGUCCAAGUCAACACAAGUGGGGAAGACGUAAAAAGUGGUGUUGAACCAGCUCAAGCUGUAUCUUUAGUAGAGCAUGUCAUCAAAAACUGUGAAAACCUGGAUUUUAAAGGCUUGAUGACAAUUGGUCAAUAUGAUUAUGACAUAACCAAAGGUCCAAAUCCAGAUUUCCUUACACUGGCAUCUUGCAGAAAUGAAGUGUGUGAGAAAUUGGGCUUGGAUAUAAAAGAUGUUGAAUUGUCUAUGGGAAUGUCAUCAGACUUUGAACAUGCUAUCGAAUUAGGUGCUACCACUGUGAGAGUGGGCAGCACUAUAUUUGGAGCUCGACCAGUUAAGAAAUAAUGUGGUUUAGUUUAGCAAAAGUUAUAUAUGAAUUUUAACAACAUAUAUAUGUAGCUUUUUUAGUUUUGAAUGAACAAAGUUAUUUAUAUCAGUUAAUAUAUUCUGUAUUUAAAGAUGGUUGUGAAAAAGUGGUAGAUUUGAUUGUUAAUAUUUGUAUUGAUCUUUGUUACUAACAAGUUGUCUAAUUAUAGAUACUACACACAUUCUUAUCAUAUAAUAGUAUGGAAUACUAAAUCUGAAAGCAAAUACUAUUAACAUUUUUAUGUAAAUGAAGGCUCAGGGUUAAAUAAUGUAAACAAACUGAGGUAUUAACUAGAAAUUGUAUAAUAUAUAUUUACAUCUGGCAUGUCAAUAUUCUAUAAAUGAUGUAAAGUAAGUAGAGUUUUUUUAAAUACAUAGCAUACUUAUGUAUUCAGGGGCUUCCAUCAUAUGAAUUAAAAAUAAAUAAAAAUAGUGUUAUCGAAAA